AUGUCUAGACAAAUCAACCUUAAGAGCCAAAGCAGCAUCCGCAGGGGCUUCAGCUCUGGCUCAGCCAGAGUCCCUGGGCUGAGCCGCUCUGGCUUCAGCAGUGUGUCUGUGUGCCGCCCCAGGGGUAGCAGUGGCAGCCCUGCAGGAUCUGGCUUUGGCAGCAGGAGCCUCUAUGGCCUGGGCGGCUCCUCGCGGAUCUCCAUGGCAGGGGGCAGCUGUGCCAUCGGUGCUGGAUACGGCAGCAGAAGUAGAGAUGGCUUUGCCUUUGGAGAAGCAAUCAGUAGUGGAGUUGGUUUGGGGCUCCAUCAUAGAACCAGCCUUAGUGGAGUUUAUAGGGGCUCAAACUUUCCCGUGUGCCCUCCUGGAGGCAUCCAAGAAGUCACCAUCAACCAGAGCCUGCUGACUCCUCUGAACCUGGACUUUGACCCCACCAUCCAGCGGGUGAGGACCGAGGAGCAUGAGCAGAUCAAGACCCUCAACAACAAGUUUGCCUCCUUCAUCGACAAGGUGCGAUUUCUGGAGCAGCAGAAUGAAGUGCUGCAGACCAAAUGGACUCUGCUGCAGGAGCAGGACACCGAGACUGACAGGCACGGCCUGGAUCUUUUGUUUGAGGGGUACAUCAGGAAUCUCAGGAGAAACGUUGACGCCCUCUCUACAGAGCAAGACCACCUGGAAUCAGACUUGAAGAACAUGCAGGGUGUGGCAGAGGACUACAAGAACAAGUAUGAAUAUGAAAUUGACAGGCAUGCAGCAGCAGAAAAUGAAUUUGUGACACUGAAGAAGGAUGUGGAUGCUGCCUCCAUGAAGAAGGUUGAACUGCAAACCAGUGAAAAUGGGCUUAGAGAUGAAGUCACCUUCCUCACAUCCAUCUUUGAAGCAGAGCUGUCCCUGAUGCAAACCCACAUCUCAGACACGUCCGUGAUCCUCUCCAUGGACAACAACCGAAAUUUGGAUCUGAGUAGCAUCAUUGCGGAGGUCAAAGCCCGGUAUGAGGAGUUGGCUCAGAGGAGCCGGGCUGAGGCUGAAUCCUGCUACCAGACCAAGUAUGAGGAGCUUCAGGUCACAGCCCGCAGACACGGGGACGACCUGCACAACACCAAGCAGGAGAUUGCUGAGAUCAACCGCAUGAUCCAGAGGCUCAGGUCUGAGAUUGGCCACAUCAAGAAGCAGUGUGCCAGCCUGCAGGCCACCAUCGCCGAUGCCGAGCAGCAAGGUGAGCUGGCCCUCAAGGAUGCCAGGAGCAAGCUGGAAGGGCUGGAGGAUGCCUUGCAGAAGGCCAAGCAGGACAUGGCCAGGCUGCUGAAGGAGUACCAGGACCUCAUGAACGUCAAGCUGGCACUGGAUGUGGAGAUUGCCACCUACAGGAAGCUUCUGGAAGGCGAGGAGUGCAGGUUGAGUGGUGAAGGCCUGGGACCUGUCAACAUCUGUAAGUACUGA